AUGUCUAGCGUGAGGGGCGCACAUCCUUCUCCCCACACUUUCGGUUCAAAGAGUGCUCACCCUCCUGUGAGUGCUCACCCUCCUGUGAGUGCUCACCCUCCUGUGAGUGCUCACCCUCCUGUGAGUGCUCACCCUCCUGUGAGUGCUCACCCUCCUGUGAGUGCUCACCCUCCUGUGAGUGCUCACCCUCCUGUGAGUGCUCACCCUCCUGUGAUUGCUCACCUUCCUGUGAGUGCUCACCCUCCUGUGAGUGCUCACCCUCCUGUGAGUGCUCACCCUCCUGUGAGUGCUCACCUUCCUGUGAGUGCUCACCCUCCUGUGAGUGCUCACCCUCCUGUGAGUGCUCACCCUCCUGUCAGUGCUCACCUUCCUGUGAGUGCUCACCCUCCUGUGAGUGCUCACCCUCCUGUGAGUGCUCACCCUCCUGUGAGUGCUCACCCUCCUGUGAGUGCUCACCCUCCUGUGAGUGCUCACCCUCCUGUGAGUGCUCACCCUCCUGUGAGUGCUCACCUUCCUGUGAGUGCUCACCCUCCUGUGAGUGCUCACCUUCCUGUGAGUGCUCACCCUCCUGUGAGUGCUCACCUUCCUGUGAGUGCUCACCCUCCUGUGAGUGCUCACCCUCCUGUGAGUGCUCACCCUCCUGUGAGUGCUCACCUUCCUGUGAGUGCUCACCCUCCUGUGAGUGCUCACCCUCCUGUGAGUGCUCACCCUCCUGUGAGUGCUCACCCUCCUGUGAGUGCUCACCCUCCUGUGAGUGCUCACCCUCCUGUGAGUGCUCACCCUCCUGUGAGUGCUCACCCUCCUGUGAGUGCUCACCCUCCUGUGAGUGCUCACCCUCCUGUGAGUGCUCACCCUCCUGUGAGUGCUCACCCUCUUGUGAGUGCUCACCCUCCUGUGAGUGCUCACCCUCCUGUGAGUGCUCACCCUCCUGUGAGUGCUCACCCUCCUGUGAGUGCUCACCCUCCUGUGAGUGCUCACCCUCCUGUGAGUGCUCACCCUCCUGUGAGUGCUCACCCUCCUGUGAGUGCUCACCCUCCUGUGAGUGCUCACCCUCCUGUGAUUGCUCACCUUCCUGUGAGUGCUCACCCUCCUGUGAGUGCUCACCCUCCUGUGAGUGCUCACCCUCCUGUGAGUGCUCACCUUCCUGUGAGUGCUCACCCUCCUGUGAGUGCUCACCCUCCUGUGAGUGCUCACCCUCCUGUCAGUGCUCACCUUCCUGUGAGUGCUCACCCUCCUGUGAGUGCUCACCCUCCUGUGAGUGCUCACCCUCCUGUGAGUGCUCACCCUCCUGUGAGUGCUCACCCUCCUGUGAGUGCUCACCCUCCUGUGAGUGCUCACCCUCCUGUGAGUGCUCACCUUCCUGUGAGUGCUCACCCUCCUGUGAGUGCUCACCUUCCUGUGAGUGCUCACCCUCCUGUGAGUGCUCACCUUCCUGUGAGUGCUCACCCUCCUGUGAGUGCUCACCCUCCUGUGAGUGCUCACCCUCCUGUGAGUGCUCACCUUCCUGUGAGUGCUCACCCUCCUGUGAGUGCUCACCCUCCUGUGAGUGCUCACCCUCCUGUGAGUGCUCACCCUCCUGUGAGUGCUCACCCUCCUGUGAGUGCUCACCCUCCUGUGAGUGCUCACCCUCCUGUGAGUGCUCACCCUCCUGUGACUGCUCACCCUCCUGUGAGUGCUCACCCUCCUGUGAGUGCUCACCCUCCUGUGAGUGCUCACCCUCCUGUGACUGCUCACCCUCCUGUGAGUGCUCACCCUCCUGUGAGUGCUCACCCUCCUGUGAAUGCUCACCCUCCUGUGAGUGCUCACCCUCCUGUGAGUGCUCACCCUCCUGUGAGUGCUCACCCUCCUGUGAGUGCUCACCCUCCUGUGAGUGCUCACCCUCCUGUGAGUGCUCACCUUCCUGUGAGUGCUCACUCUCCUGUGAGUGCUCACCUUCCUGUGAGUGCUCACCCUCCUGUGAGUGCUCACCUUCCUGUGAGUGCUCACCCUCCUGUGAGUGCUCACCCUCCUGUGAGUGCUCACCCUCCUGUGAGUGCUCACCUUCCUGUGAGUGCUCACCCUCCUGUGAGUGCUCACCCUCCUGUGAGUGCUCACCCUCCUGUGAGUGCUCACCCUCCUGUGAGUGCUCACCCUCCUGUGAGUGCUCACCUUCCUGUGAGUGCUCACCCUCCUGUGAGUGCUCACCUUCCUGUGAGUGCUCACCCUCCUGUGAGUGCUCACCUUCCUGUGAGUGCUCACCCUCCUGUGAGUGCUCACCCUCCUGUGAGUGCUCACCCUCCUGUGAGUGCUCACCUUCCUGUGAGUGCUCACCCUCCUGUGAGUGCUCACCCUCCUGUGAGUGCUCACCUUCCUGUGAGUGCUCACCCUCCAGUGAGUGCUCACCCUCCUGUGAGUGCUCACCCUCCUGUGAGUGCUCACCCUCCUGUGAGUGCUCACCCUCCUGUGAGUGCUCACCCUCCUGUGAGUGCUCACUCUCCUGUGAGUGCUCACCCUCCUGUGAGUGCUCACCCUCCUGUGAGUGCUCACCCUCCUAUGAGUGCUCACCCUCCUGUGAGUGCUCACCCUCCUGUGAGUGCUCACCCUCCUGUGAGUGCUCACCCUCCUGUGAGUGCUCACCCUCCUGUGAGUGCUCUCUUGUGCUGCAUGAUGAGCCGCUGUGACCUCAUCACAAUGCUGCUGAUGCUCUCUGACUCGCCACUUGGGCUUUUGCAUCGUUGGAACUUCUGUCCAACAUCAGCCAAUCUAACCCAACUUUCGCCAACCUCUGCUCACACACAUGCAGCCACCCUCUCACUCACCUCAUUUCACGACCUCUAUUCACUGGCCGUUCUCACACUAUCUCAACUCAACCCCCUGCUUCCCACUGCCUCCCUUCCACGUGCCCCACCAAGCAGCGAUGUGUCCGGCACGUCACUCGUGUGCCCCGCUGAUGCCUCCGCCUGUGUGGUCUCUCAGUCACCCAACUCCUCCUUCUGCCGCCAGUGCCUCUCCUUCUGCUCUACCUGCUCCAAUCCCACCCCUCCUGCUGCCCCGCCGCCACCACCCGACGCCAGUGCCACAACCACCGCCCAGGCGGGCAAGGCGGGUCUGUCCACAGCAGCCAUCGUUGGCAUCGUGGCGGCGGCACUGCUGCUUCUGCUGCUCCUCGCCGCAGCUUGGUGGACCUUCACUCGCUCUCGCCGCGGCAAGCCAACUACAGGUUUCUCUCUUCUCAUUUCAUGCGAUGCUGCCUUUGUUCAUGUGGCCUCCCUCCGUCUGGCCCUUCCCCCAGACGCGCCCACAACGCUGAGCCUGCAGCAGUGGGUGGACGUCCUGGUGGGGGCGGCGCGCGGGGUGGAGUAUCUGCACUCGUUUGGCAUCGUGCACCGCGACAUCAAGCCCGCCAACAUCCUGCUCGACACCCACAUGCAGCCCAAGGUGGCUGACUUUGGGCUCGUGCGAGGGGGGGACGGCACAGCUGUGGGGUCGACGAGGGUGAUGGGCACGGUGGGCUAUGUGGACCCUGCUUACACCAGGACGCACACCACCACCACCGUCACCGACCUCUACAGCUUCGGUGUGCUGAUGCUGGUGGUGCUGUCGGGGAGGGGAGCCGUCGUCACGGAGGCAAAGGAGAACGACGGCCCCAGGCACCCGCACGAGGACCGCGAGCCCACCACCAUUGUUCACUGGGCGAGCGAGCUGCUGUCAGCGGGGAAGGCAGGGAGUGUGGGGGAUGCGCGCAUGGCGGCACCUGAGAGCAUCAUCACACGCGUUGCCCAGCUCGCCAUCAACUGCACUGCCAUGCCCACCGCCUCACGCCCCUCUAUGGCCCAAGUGGCCCAGCACCUGGAGGCAGUGCGGUCGGAGUUGGGAGGGGGGUGUGCGAGUGCGUCGGGGGCAGAGAUAGUGGAUUCGAUGAUUGAGAAGCUGGAGAGGACCAUGGACGAGGAUCUGGAGCUGCUCAACUCACAGUUCUCCGAGUAG